UUAAAUCCUUUGAUUGUUUAAGAGCACAACCGCUGUAGCUACCGUACUCAACCCCUCUGGGACAUAUAUAAAGCACCGGACCUUAUCGAUCGGAGGAGGCAACCCCAACGGCAUAGACAGUACUCGGCCUAACGAUUCGAUAUUCCACGGUACCCCCGUGAGUUGACCUACUCCGCCAUUUCUGACAGCCAGCACAACCACGUCAUGGAAAAACCAACGUCAGAACAAGCUCCCUCAGUUCAGCCCUCGGACCGGAGAAUGAGGCAAGUCCGCAAAAACCGCUUCUUGGGAAUUUCCUUUGUGCUCCUUGCUGGCUUGAUAUCGCUCGGAGGCUUUCAUUGUAGGGAUAGCAUUCGCGGGUGCAGGGGAUCGUAUUGGCCAGUUGAAAAACGGGUCGAGCGUAUCCUUGGGCUUACACCGCUAAUUGGUGAGGGGUGGGCCACUUGAGUCGUUGCGAUGAGGAUAAGCGCGGUGACUAACUUUUUUUAAUUUUUUAUCCGGUCGGAAAAAGAUGGGCAUAAUGAUCUACCCUUCGCGAUAAGGGUUCUGUUCGAGAACAGGAUUUACGGUAGCAAUUUUACCUUUGACACUUCAUUGCCGUACCAGGUCGAUCUCCCGAGGUUAAAGAAAGGGCGUGUUGGGGUAUUAGCCAUCAUUCACUCCCUCCUCCCCGCCUUGAACCGACACUGAUUGAUUGCCUCCUAGGGUGCCUUCUGGAGCGUAUUCGUUCCGUGUCCUGACACCAAGGAAAUAGACGAUAAGGUCUACUACCCGAGCGUGCAAACCACUUUGCAGCAAAUAGAUCUGGUUCAUCGCCUAAUCAAUGUCUACCCCGACCUCGCUCUAACAUCCUCUCCGCUCGCCGCAAGACAUGUACAUCGCCACGGCAAGAUCGCCUCGGUAAUGGGUGCCGAAGGCCUGCACCAAAUCGGCAACUCGGCUUCUAACCUUCGCCUCUAUCAUUCCCUUGGGGUCCGCUACGUAACCCUGACGCAUAACUGCAACAACAGAUACGCCGACAGCGCGCUCCCCUUGAAUAAUACUCUCUGGGGGGGGCUAAGCGACGACGGCCGGGAUAUCGUCAAGGAGAUGAACCGUCUGGGCAUGAUCGUCGACCUCUCGCAUACUUCGCACGAUACACAGAUGGAUACGUUCAAGGUUACUCGCGCUCCCGUAAUAUACAGCCACUCCUCCGCCCACGCUGUCUGCGACCACCCCCGCAACGUCAAGGACGAAGCGUUGGAAAGGGUCAGGGAGAACAACGGCGUAGUGAUGGUGAACUUUUACCCAGUGUUCGUCAAGUGCGGUGGCGGCGAGGCGGGAUUGGAAGACGUGGCGGAUCACGUGGAGUACAUUGGCAAGAAGAUUGGUUGGGAGCAUGUCGGUAUUGGCUCGGAUUUCGAUGGAAUUGGGAAGGUCCCGGUCGGACUGGAGGAUGUUUCCAAGUAUCCAAAGCUGUUUGAGGAGUUGUUGAGGAGAGGGGUCACGGAUCGCCAGGCUGGCUUGAUUGCCGGGGAGAAUGUGUUGAGGGUUUGGAGGGAUGUGGAGAAGGUCUCUCGGAAAAUGAGCAGGGAGGGGGUUGAGCCUUUGGAAGACUAGGUGCAUGUGAUGUUUCCGCUCUAGGACGUGCUUGAGAAUGGAGGGCUUCCGAACGGUGUAUCACAAGGUUCAAUAAGAUACCGGCGGCUGUUUUAGAAUAUUGAAUUUUCCGUGUGCUUCGGC